UUUUGUUUUCAGGUCUUUGGCACUGUACUUUUAAGUGAGGGCUAAGGUAUUUGACGAAUAGACAAAACUGCAGCUAAUGUUCAUUAAUGAAACUAAAGUCUUAACGACUACGCCGACAAGAAAGGCUCAAAGGGCCACUAAGGCUAGCUGAUGGCCAGAGCUGAGUUGGGACGUUUUUCGAGGAGCAUGAAGAGGAAACACAAGAUAUAUCAUCACUGAAGUGUGAUACAUCAUUCAUACAUGCACAUCGAGUCAAGUGUUAUAUAAACAGUCCUGUGUGGAUAUGCCUCCAGCAUCAGCAGCACAAGAAAUAUCCCCUAAUCCAGACAGAGGUUUGGGCUUAAAUUGGCUGCUGGGAGCUGACUAUGAAAGGAAGAAGAAGAAACUUCAGCAGGAGCUUCAACUUGACUACAAACAUUAUGUUGCCACGAAAAAGGAUUUGAAAACUAGUGAACCUCGUCCACAACCCCAGGGUCUCUCCCUACCUAUUGAUGAGAAGAUAUCAGUUCAGAAAAAACUAAGACAGGAGAGAAAUAAAGAAUACAACCUCUUCCUACAGAACCAAGCUCAAAUCAGAGGGUUAAAGAGGGGACCACCUCCUGUCACUUCAAAGCCUGGACAGGUUCAAACUUCAGAUGCUGUAUACAUUUCUUGUCCAGCUUCUGCUCUGCCCAUCCUCAACACCCAUACAAACAUACACCCUCCUCCUAGGGAGCGCACUGCAUUCAGGAGAGAUGCUGCCACUCUGACUGAGGCAGUGGAUAAUGGAAAAAGCACCGGGACUUGGGGUCUAGGCCAUCGGGGGCGAAGGCGUUGGCAACUCCAUAGACCAAAAGAGACCUAUACCUCUGAGGAGGAGCAAAUCACAGACAAAGAGGAUGAGUUGGCGUUCAGACACAGAAGGAGGCAAGACAGACACACUCCAGAGCCUGAGUACAAAGAGGAGAGGAGAACCAGAGAACGCAGAGCUAACAGCCCGCAAAUGCCAGACAGCAUGAGGACGGCUGCAAGAUCUAGACCUGCUACCAACAAGGAUAAAGCAGAGUUUGCAACUGGACUAAUGAUUGGAGCAACAGAAGAGCUGACGGUCUCUCAGAUGAGGAAAGAACAGUAUAAGCAAGAACUGCUGAAACAAAUUGCUAUACAGCAGAGAAACAAGAUCAGGGAGAAGAAACUGAGGGUUGCUGCCACUGGAGCCACAGACCCUGAGAAAGAGCCUGACCGAAUUAAGCAGUUUGGGGCGGUAAAUCGGCAUUAUGACAGUGGGAAACGAGAUGUCCCCUACAAGCCUGGAAUAGAUCAGGAGGCCGUAGGAAAGGACCCAAAUCCAGGGUGUAUAAAUGACAAACCGACUGAGGCCACAGAACAGAGAGCCCUCCCAGGAAAGUCCCAUGUGGACUACAGUACAGCUCUCAGUCAGCUGACAGGGAGGACAGUGCCUGGGUCUGGAAGGAGAGCAGCACGAAUUGUCCCGUCGCUGGACUAUUUUAAUGAGGACUACCACAGGGACUUCUCAAACAUGCUAGGAGAGGUGGCCAUUCCGAGGGUUGCUGGUGGUCCUCCUCCUGUUCCUCCCACUGUAACUAAUAAUUACAAGACUCCAUAUGAUGCAGCUUAUUACUACUAUGGAACCAGGAAUCCAUUAGAUCCUAAUCUUCCCUGCACUCAGAAUGGUCUGCCUGGAGGGGUGCAGCAGUCUGGGAAUUUCCACAGUCCUCCUCAAAGACCACCUGCUUUCAGACCCAGCGGCCGCACUGAAGCAACUGAUCAGCAUAGAGCGUCUCCCCUGGAUGUUGGAGAGCUCGAUGCAGACAAGUCCAAGAGAAGAGAGUGUGCACUGAGCUAUCAAGAAGCACUCAGACAGCAGAUCAAAGAAAGAGAGGAGCGUAAAAGAAAAGAGAAAGAAGAGAAGGAGCGAUAUGAUGCCAAGAUUGAGGCCGAGAUGAUGGAGUACAACCCCUGGGGGAAAAGUGGGGGAGGAGCUCCAAUUAAAGACCAAAAAGGCAACCUUGUUAGUGACCUGAAUCAAAUGCACAGGAUUAAUGAGGAGUCAUAUAGGAAUCCUGUGUCCAGGAAUAGUGGCCAGACACAAAGCUUUGUUGAAGCCAGGGUUCCCCCUUCUCAUCGACUAUCAGGUUUCAAUGAUCAGCCAACUCCACAGCAGCUCCACAGGCAGGACAGAUACAAAGAAGCCCUGAAACAACAGAUAGAGGAAAACAAGCGAAAGCAGGAAGAGGAGAGAGAACGAAUGAGGAUUGAAGAGGAGAAAGAAGAGAAGAGGCUGGAGGACCAGAGGGCUCGCAUACAGCAGGAAUAUGAGGAGGAGCAAAAGAAGCAAAAGAAGGUUGAGCAUCGGCAAGAAGACCAAAGUUGGAUCCAUGGACCUAAAACACAACACCAGGAGGAGGAAAAGAGGAAAGAGGAAGCGAUUAAAAAGAAGGUACCUGAGAGUGCCAGGGACAGAGAGGAGAAAAAGGCACAGUUGAGUUAUGAGAGAGAGCCAUCUCCUCCCAUCCCAAUCUUGCAGAAGAAGCAGACAAAUCUCGUGGCAUCCAGACCUUCCUCUGGUGUGAGCCAACUUUCCCCCAGGACUGAGCGCUCUGUGUCAGCACCACAUUACCGACCUGCCCCUGCAGAAAUACCCCAGCUACAAGAUGGUCAGCAGGAAGUGAUCAGAGAGCUGUCAGCCCUCCGUAGGUACCUGAGGAAAGAGCAGAGACAACUGGAGGUUCAGCUGGGCCAGACAGAUCGACAGGAGAAUCACUACACUCCUCCCAACAGGCCCAGAGGACGACCCAGAGUGGAUGCCUUUGAAACGGCGCACAAGCGAGCUGUCCAGCCAUCAACCAGGAGUCCCUCCUCUGGUGCUACACGUGUUAAUAUGCAAAAUAUCAGGGAGUUCAACCAGCUUAAAUACAGAGACACAGCAUCUCGUGAUGAGGUCCGUCACAUGUACCCUGACGUUCCCACUGACGCACAAAGUCUAGACAUCCAACAACAGGCACUUCUUCGUGAACAACAACGCAGAAUCAGGCUUCUGAACAGAGAGGAAAAGCACGACUUUUUUGACCAGCAACUGAGCCACUAUCGUUCUAGGAACAAACCUGGGUGCUACAUCCACAGAGACUCCAUAUUGCCAUCUGAGACUGCUUUUAUUGAUGUUUACAGUGGUGAUGCAUGUGAAGAGCAGGUUCAUCAGCAGAGACCUCCUCAACCCUCAGCUGAGCACAGAGAGAGGACAGCCCCCCGGAGGAGACAUGACUAUGAUAUGGCUGUGUCAAGGGAUCAGAGGGACCGUAACAUCCAGCCAGAUGCUCAGUCUUUGCAGUCGGGGACUAGUUUGAACACUGAAUCUAAAGUCAGGGCCCACAACCAGCACCGCAUCACACAACAAGACACUGGCACUAGUGAUCACAACAGCAGAUCAGAGGGGCUGUCUGGUGAUGAAGCGGAUGUCUUGUCUCUGCGUUCUGCCCUGGAAAGGCGUGUCUCCGUGGAGACUGUUGCCACAGAUCCCUGGCUGCGGCCUGGCACGUCAGAUACUGUAAAACGCUCAGGCUGUAGGGAGAGGCCAAACGGUAGGAUGGAUGCUCCACCCUGGCUGACACAUCGCGUCACAUAGCUUCCAUUACCUGGUGUCCAAGGAUGGGAAACUGCACUGAGUGGGACUAGUUCUUUGCCAGUUUCCCCUCUUCUUUGGAUGCGGGAGGUGGCUCUCCUGAGAAUGAACAUCGUUGCUGUAUGAUGGAUGAAUCACUUUCCACUGACCAACAUGUUAAGUGUGGGAGCUAAUUAGAUUACAUAGCUUCAAAAGCUUGUUAGAAACCAGAGUCUGCCUGUAAAAAUAUGAAUGUCUGUUACCUUCGACAAGAACCAUCUUACACAAGACUGUUUGGCCAAUUUCUCUCAUCAUGAAAAGUGCACUUUUGACUCUGCAAUACAGAAAUAACGGCUUAGAUUUAGCCCAUGAAAGUUUCUUAAGGUGCAUAUCUGUGAAUGUAAUGUAUCAAACAUAUGUACGUGUUAAUGUAGUUAUUUUAAUUAUAAAUAUACACCAGAGAGUUUAUUUUAUAAUAAAAAUGUUAAUUUAA